CCCUGGUUUCUCAGGAAAGAAAAUAAGAACAAGUAAAACAAUUACAGGAAUGGACUGCCAUUUUUCUGUCUGGGGAGUUUUGGCCUUCCUGAGUUUGUCUCUGCUUGUUUCAGUGACACUCAAUAUUGUACACUGUAUGAAAAAGAAGCAAUCUAAAAUGUAUAAAGACUAUGAAGAGAACGAUCCAAGCUAUGAUGGCUAUCACACAGAAGAUUAUCCAGUUUAUGGCAAUCUCAAUCAAGAUAUUUUAGAAGAAUGUUGUUACGAGCAGAUGAAGUCCCAGCCUCAAAGACCAGUUAACCAGCUACAGGUGGAGUCAGCCAGUCAGAUGUGUUAUGCCUCACUUGAUCACAGUGUCAAGGGAAAAUGCAGAAAACCAAGGAGAAAGAAAGAUCCUUCAUUAGAGGAAGAUGAAGGAGAAAGAUCAUCUAACCCCAUGGUGGCUUCCAAAGUUAGCAUUUACCUCAACAGUGAGCAGCUGGCUGCCGAAAACACGGCGAAAGAAGAAGCCAUUCACGAUGAUCCCGUCAGAUUAAUGGGCUUGAUUCAUAAUACAAAAGGGGAGAACUGAAUAUGUAAUGAACCAAAUAUGUAACCAUAAAGUGAGAUUUGCUUUUUCAUUCUGGAGGACCAGAAAAAUAUUCCGGAAAGCCGACAUACUAAACAGUGGUAUGAAAUGGACAAGUUAAGUGUUCCAAACUGUCUGCCAAACAUAUUUAUAGACUAAGCAAGACAUAGGUCCAGACUGCCACUCAGAUGAAUCUGCCCUUCUGAAGACAGUUUGAAAGAGUUGCAGAAGCUGGUAGCUCAGCCUUCACAUGGUAGUGAUUCCAGUAAGAAUUGAUCCUGUUUUAAAUAUCAUCAGCUUUCAAGCAGUCCUAAAAGACCCCCUUGUUGUCUAUACAGCUCUAGCAGAGUACAUCUAUUCCAUAUUAACUUCAAUACUUUUGAAAUGAGAUUGUGUUUCGUACUUGCACACUUGGUGAUUAGUUGUUUCACCAAAUAAGAACUAAUCUGCUGUUCCACGGUGUGAACUUGCUGACUGUGACUAGUCUAUGGCAAUGACUGGAGAAUAAUUUAACAGCUGAUUUAAAGUAGUAAUUGUACAUUUCAUGAGACUUAGCAGUAUCUUUGUGUAUCUUUAGUUUUCUCUAACAAUCCUAGAAUACAUCUCAAAUCUCAACUCCUCUACUAGUGUAAUAUUGUAUACAGCUGUAUUCAAGGGUUCACAAAGAUUAUCACACCACCUGUAACAAUAAAAAUAGGAAGGAUUUCUUCCAAUACCCAUGUUAUGUUUGCAUUCCUAUUAGGUUUUCCAUUGCCAUCCUUAACUAUUUUACAAAAACAACAAGAGCUUUUUAUUUCCCCAAACCCUUCACUUACUGUAUGCACAUUUAUUUGAAGACUAAACUCUUUAAAUGGUAAGUUUUAUAGAGUGGGUAUCUGUUUUAUAUAUUUUAUAUUCUGGGAGUCAUUAAGUAGUUGCAACAGGAAACAAUAAAGCAAGUUGAUGUAAUGUGUCUGCCUCUAGGUGUCAGACACUUCUGCCUUCUCAAAAAAACAGGAUAUUUGAGCCUUUAAAAUCCACAGAUCAGUGCCAAGGAGCUUAAAACUCAGAAGAGCACAGAGCCCUAAAACUGCGUCAGGUCCUGAGAGGUAAACCUGGAAACGAAAGGCCCAUAGUACAGAGAGCCAACACCUUCUAACAGUAGAAAUGGAUAGACACAUCAAGGGAUGACAUAAAUUUAUUAAAAAAACCCAACAAAACCAAAAAACCAACAAACAAAUAAACAAAGCCCAACAAAAAGAAAAAAUGGUUAAAUUCAAUCCGUCAUUUCAAUCUGGUAACUAAUUUAAUGGAAAUGAGGUACCCAUUUCUCUCAUUGAGUGUACAUGUAACAUAGGGUUACAUGUUACAUGUUAAAAUCACUUCACGCGAUUUAACUACAUUUAGUUUCCUUUCUAUUCUCGGUCUUCAUCGUUUAGCCCAGCUAUGUGUUUACACUAAAUUUCAUCAGCUGCUUUCCCUUGCAAGAGAGCUUGGUCAAAGAGCAUUUUUGUAAAUAUUCUCCAUAUAUAUCUAUACACACUUCCUUUCCACAUUUAAUCACUGCCACCAAUAAAUUAUUGAUUGUGGCUCUCAGGAUGAUCUUUAACAGCCUAUCAACUAUUUCCAAGGCAUUUGUAAUGCUGCCACAUUCAAAUUUAGCUUUAUUCUUUUGGCUCUUUACCCUCCAUCUGCUUAAACAAGAAAUCAAACAAUCUCAUUUUUUUUUAAACAAGUUUAGGGGUAGUUUUCAAAUGACUACUAAAUCCUUACAUAAAAAAGCAUGUUCAAUAUUGUUCCAUCUUCAAGACAUUAGAGAAAGACCUACAUAAACUAUCAUAUUGUCCUAGGUUGACUAUAGGAUGCAUUUAUCCCAAAUUGUCUAGUUCUGUUUAUGCUGAAUAAUAAGUUUUGCACCUUUAAGACUUGUUGCAGAGAGUG